GAGUUGCAAGUGGGUAAAUAUUGACAUAAGGUUUUUGGCUACGUGAUGCUGGGUUUCAGGCGCGAGGUCCGCGUGGAUCGUCGAGCGGUGACUACUAGACGGAAAAGCGCGGUUUUCCUCGGGUAGUUAUGGUUAUGCUUUUCUUGAAAAUUCUGCAAACAUCAUUCCUCAGACGCCAUAUUUCGCGGGAUAUCGUGCCACACAAGUGAGUUUUGAUAGUCUCUAGUCAAGAUGUGGACGCUCGCGGAUGAGAAAGCAUUUCGGAAGUAAUGCAAGUGCCGUGGUCCACCCCCGGUUGUUAUUCUCCAGCUGGGUACUUACCAGUUACGUAUUUCUCGUCACCAACUUUUGCUGCACUCGGAGUGGGCACACAAGCAGAUAAUUGGGAUACAUCAUUGUUGAUCGAAGACCAAUUUGCCACAGUAUAUUAGAUUCACGCCUCAGUUAUUCUUUAAUUUUAGAGUGAAAUUUCGUUAAAUGGGCCACUCUCUCACUCAAAAUAAACUCAAGUUUAUUCUGCUCUGCCAGCCAGCUGAUUCACGAUAUGACAGAUGACAGUCAAAACUAAAAGCAAUAAGUCUGACUCAUAUUCUUCACUUCUAUUUACCUUACGUGUGAGAAAACUCUGGUACAGGUGACACCGUUUAAAAUCCACUUUCUUCUAUCCUCCAAAUUUGAAAGAGAGGUUAGGAAUAUGAUAAUUUGACAUAUAAUAAUUGGAGCCUCUGUCCAAAAAUGGAUCAUACUUUGGAGGAUGCAUUGGAAGCAGCCCGCCUUGCUGUGGAAUAUGAUAGCAAAGAACAAUAUAAACAGGCCGUAUAUUAUUACGAAGUUGCAGUGAAGCUGCUUCAAAGAAAUCGAGUUCCAAAUCUGACUGGAAAAGCUUCUGAGUACCAAGAGAGAAUAAACAAAUUGCAAAAACUCAUUUCUGAUGAAGAAAAUAAAGGGUCGUUGAAUAAACCGAAUGAAAGUGAGUUGCAGAGAUGUAAGUUUCUUUUAAAUCAGGCACUUGAUGCCGAUGAAACUGGGUGCAAGGAUAUUGCAGUUAAGCUUUACACCGAUGCGGCAGAACUUGGACUUAGAACAAAAACAACCGAUGUAGAAAUAAAAGCAAAACUAACGAAUCUUGUUCGCUUAGCCAUUGAUAGAGCUGAGGCAAUAAAAGGUGUAAAAAGAAUUUACCCAGAAACAACUAUACCUAAUUUACCAUCCGUUCCCGAAACUGCUUUGCCUGAUGAAGCGACACCCGUAAAUACAGUAACUGUUUCAACUCCUGUAAGGCAUUCGACAAGGCCUCCUUUACAUCGUGGAAGCAGUGCCCACCUCAAAGUCGUGGGUGGAAAUAACAACAGCUAUACGGAGGAAGAAAAAAGAGUAUUACUCCAUACUUCACACAUCAAUGACCACGACUUUGUGCCUUUUAUGAGUAUCGACUUAGCAGAAAGAUUUCAGUAUGCGAUACCGUUCACGGAUAAGGAUGGAUUAUUGGAAUUGUCACCAAAGCAAAAACCCGAUUUCGCUCGAUGGUGUCGACCCGAAGAACUGUUUCCUGAACCAAAAAUGGUCAUAGGACAGCAUGUUGACUACUACAGUAUAAAACAAACGCUCGUUUCCGACUGUUCGUUCGUCGCUUCCCUAGCAGUAAGUGCGCAAUACGAGAAGAAAUUUGGACGGAGACUUGUAACGUCUAUUAUUUACCCAAGAAAUAGGAAUAAAGAACCGAUCUACAAUCCUUUCGGAAAAUAUAUGAUAAAGUUGCAUAUCAAUGGCAUUCCGAGGAAAGUUAUAAUAGACGAUUAUUUGCCAGUAAGUAAACAAAGUCAACUUCUUUGUUCCUAUUCAAAUAAACGAGGUGAACUUUGGAUCUCAUUGCUCGAGAAAGCCUACAUGAAAGUUAUGGGCGGUUAUGAUUUUCCUGGGUCGAAUAGUAACAUUGAUUUGCACGCUUUGACGGGCUGGAUUCCGGAAAGAUGGGCCAUCAGACUGAACGAACCAGAUUUUAACAAGGAUCAUUUAUUUGAUACGCUAUUUUUAAAAUUGCAUAAGGGCGAUAUUCUAGUCACUGUAGCCACAGGAGAAUUGUCAGAUUCAGAUGCUGAUCGAACUGGCCUCGUAUCUACUCAUGCCUAUGCGGUACUCGAUGUCCGGAAAAAUAAUGGAGAACGACUUCUGCAAUUGAAAAAUCCCUGGUCACAUUUAAGAUGGCGUGGAAAUUAUUCGGAGCUCGAUAGGAAGCACUGGACUCGUGAAUUACAAGAGGCCUUGAAUUACGACCCUGAUUCUGCAUCGCAGUUCGACAAUGGAAUUUUCUGGAUUGACUACGACAGCAUAUGCCGCUUCUUUGACGUUUUUUAUUUUAACUGGAACCCUGGACUCUUUAGUUACACCUACGGAAUUCAUCAAAUGUGGAAGGCGGGAAUGGGACCAGUUAGAGAUGCGUUUAAUAUUGGAGAUAAUCCACAGUUUUCUCUUGAAGUACAGCCUAAUACUUCGGGUGCAAUCUGGAUUCUUCUUACAAGGCAUAUCACUGAUAUUGCUGAUUUUCGACAAAAUCAGGAAUACAUUACAGUGCUAGUAUAUCGAAACGCUGGAAAGAGAGUUUACUAUCCAAAUGAGCCUCCUCCUUAUAUUGAUGGUGUUCGAAUCAACAGCCCACAUUACCUUUGUAAAAUCAAAUUAGGAGCGAACAGCGACAGAAAUUAUACUUUGGUGGUUUCUCAGUACGAAAAAACUAAUACUAUAUAUUACACGCUCCGUGCGUAUGGAACAUGUCCUUUCAAGCUGCGGAAAAUAGCUGAACCUUACAAAUAUGAAAAAGAGAUGACCGAUGGACAGUGGAAGGGAAUCACUGCAGGAGGUUGUGGGAAUCAUCCUGCCACUUAUCAAAACAAUCCACGCUACCAAUUAAUUUUGGAAAGCUCCCAUAACAACAAUUGUUUGCUCAUUAUUCUAAAAGGUCCCAAACAGUAUCAAAUAGGCUUUGAAAUCAUAUCUGUUGUGCUAAACGAUCCUGAGGCUCCUACAGCUUUCAAAUCGAAAAGCUCUGGUCCAUUCAGAUCCGGAUUUGUGUAUCUAGACCUGGAAGAUGUUCCAGCGGGUACAUACAACAUUAUUGCAUCGACUUUUAUGCCUGAUCAAGAAGGGCCAUUUUUCCUAACAUGCAAAUCCUCCUGCAAUAUGCAACUUCAGCGUGUUCAAUGAACAAUAUUCUGGACUCACUAUUUUUCUCUGCUAUUCAUACUUUUGUAAUAUGAAUAUUAUUAACUCACCUCAGGUAAAAGUUACAGAUUUAAGAUUAUUACAAAUCAAACUUUUUAUCAAUGAAAUAUUUCUGCUGUGCUAUCCUUGUAAUAAACACACUUUGCUUUAAAUGUGCAAAUUAGGAUCUAAACUAACAAAUACAUUUUUUUAAUGAUGCACAAAGAAUAGAGAAAUCAGUGAUUAAUUUUUAACUUAUAAAAAAAAACUUUUGAACGGUGAAACUAAUAAGAUAAAUAGAUACUAAUAUAGAAUAUAUUAUACAAAUUAU